GUAUUAAAAAUAGUUUAAUUUUGGACAUGUUACGACAAGGGCUAUUGUGACAAUAAUACACUGAUGAUCAGAUGUUCGAGUGUUAUAGAUGCAACAUGUGAGUCUUGGUUGUAGCUGAAAAUGUCCUAAGAUGAUCUAGUGCAAAUUGAUUUAGGUGAUAUCAAGGGAGAUAUCAUUUGCGAAAAUGGACGAAGGUUCUCCUUUAAAGUUGCCGUCUCCAAUUUUGUCAGAUGAGGAAAAUGACCCUGAGGAGGGAAAGCUAAAGAUCCCUUUCGGAACCCCAAAAGACUAUGCAGCAAGUCCAAAAUAUGCACCCAAAAUCUUCACACCAGGGGCUCAUGGCAAGAAAAUUGGAUAUGUGCAUCCUCACAUGUCAAGUCCAAGUCCUAGUCAUAAGAUGCCAGGUGGUGGAUCCAGAAAUGAGCUGUUUUUGAGAUCAGUACUAUCUAGUCCCUAUACACAUGACCCCCACUCCUUCACACCUAUGUCAGCAACACCUGCAGGCAUCAGCCCCCGCCCAGUGUUCAAGACCCCCAUCACAAAAGAUAAUGGAAGUCCUGCUGCUCACAAGACACCUCAAGGCUCUCGGCCUCCUGUAGGAAUGUCGUCCGCAAGGAAGCAGGGGGUAAUCAACCCGUUUGAUGCGGCCCUCCUGGAGCAGCUUGACGGUCCAGUAUUUAUGAGUCCGGGGGUGUUUACCGUACAAUCCACGCCCUCCACAGAUGAAAAGAAGCCCUUCCGCUGGUCAAUAGAACACAUUGCAGAACUGCAUCCUGCAGACAUUGACGAAAUGCCAGUGUAUCAGCAAAUAACACCAGACAAGGAAGUGGAAGAGAGAGCCCAGAAAGCCAUAGAUAAUUACUUCUCUAACAAUCUGAUAGCGCCCUCUCCGUGGAACUCCAACUCCAAAGGCACAGGGGCCACAAAUCUCGUGCAGACUCCAUUGAAAACACUGGAGCCAGAUCUUCAAGGAUCCAUUCAAAAACAGCUGCCCUUUGUCAGAAAGAUCCCAGUGCUGCAAGAUGCAUCAGCUCAGACUAUGCUGUCAUUACCUGUGAAUUUUGAUAUCAAGGAAGUGCUAGGUGAAUACAUGGUAUGUGAAGACACAGACCCUCAGGAAACUUCACAGAAAAAGGAAGCUGUACAGGAUGUGUUAAGCACUUCCUCUUUAAGAAGGAAGUUGUUCUUUCAUCCAGACAAUAGUAGUUUUGCUAUUAGUCCUGUAAAGACAGCCCCUGUGAGAGAUGAGGAUAUAGAUUUCAUUGGUUGCUCCUCCCCACAAGUAUUCACAGCCAAUGAAACAGAGGUUCCCUUCCAGCAUGCCACACCCCUUAGGCCACCCAGCAGAAGUCACUUUUCAUCAAGCCCGAUAAAGAAUAUAAAGGGACUAGAAACUCCAGAGAUUCAGAUCAAACAACAACAAAGAGAACUCUUCAGUUCCCCAGAGUUGUCUCCCAUAGUUCAUGGACUUGUGUCCACAAAGAGGUCUUCUGGUCUCUUUUCACCCCACGAGAAAAUAUUUGGAGAGGGUACAGUCCAGAAGAACAUGAGUGCUGAAUUUGCUCAAUCUCUCAGUAGCCCUGAGGUGUCUCCCAUUAAGGGUGGCCUCUGUAAGACCCCCCAGACAAAGAGCCGGUCCAAGCUGUCCAUCCAGAGUCCAGGGGUCUCCCCAAUCUGUGCCAAUCCAGGGAUCCUGGAUGAUGACCAGGGAUCAUUUAUACAGGAACCACUGCCAGAUUUUCCCUCAGAUGAGUCUGACGUAGAAACAAAUACUCCUCUGGCUUCUGAUGGUCUCUUAGAAAGCAAACCAACAACAACACGAAAAAUUUCCCACUUAGCUCGGCGUGGCCAGAGAAACAUUCUUCAUGACUUUGAGGAGACUGCUAUGGAGUUUGAAUCAAACGAGCAGCCAUCAAAGCAUUUACGUUUUGCAGAUGAAAUAAAGACAUCUAGUUUGCUCUAUGCAAAGGAUUAUUCUAUGGAAAUGGAUGAUCAUGGCAUUGCACCUAAUUCAACCAAUCAGGACACAGGUUAUCAGACUGCUAGUCUUCAAUCAACCAAUCAUGAUACAGGAUUAGCAUCCAGUCAGAGUAACCCAUUUUCUGUGACAGCCAAUAGUGAGAUGCCUCCGUCCACAAACUUGACGUCUUUGUUCAAUAAACUCCCAAUAGAUUCUGUACUACAGGACCCGAAUCAACCCACAGAUUUCCCAGAAUUCAUUGCCAAAGAAAAUGAUGCCAAUGCUUUUAACCCUGUGUCUUUGAAUAAUUUUUCACUCAGAGAGAAUCCUCUGAUUGAACAGAUUUUAGAUGUUACUAAUCCUGAACAGUUUGGUCAUGCUCCAUACAGUGAAGAGGAAAUUCUGGAGAGAGCUCGCCGGGUCUUGGACAUGGUGAACAGGAUGUACCCCGAGGUACAGUCUACGAGCACUUCACCAGAGGAAGCAUCGAUGAUCAUGAAUAAAACUGGGUUGUCUCUUUUACAUGAAUUAGAACCUAUAGUGUCAUCAACACCUCAAAAAGGUGGCAAGGGAGAUUAUUCAAACACAGUCGCAGCAAGUGAACAGGCUCUAGCUAUACUUAAACAAGCUGGGGAGGACUUGGCCAAAUUCGGACACAUGCUCUCCUCAGUCAAGACGUCCAUGGAUAGCAGCAGUAUUCCUACCCAGCCAUCUUGACAACUGAUAAAGAAGCUAAAUCUUCCAUAGAAAUCCAGGGAAUGUAUUGUUUAUAAUUUGUACGAGUUUAUAUGUCGAUGUUCUUUGUCCAAUAUAUGUUGUAUGCAUUUUCAGAUUGUAUGUGUCGAUUAUUUAUUUCUUUUACGUCAAAAUGUGCCAAAUAAAACAUUAUUGUUGUCAGAAUCAUGUCAACUUUAAUUUGUUCAAUGAAAGUAACUCAAAUCAAUUCCUUUCUCUAUUCGUUUCAAUUUUUUGGUAUGAAUGAUCCAUUGAUUAGUCAUAUUCUUGACAGUAAAUAUUGUGAUUUGCCGAGUUGAAAUUUUGUAGUUUGCUUUUCUUUUGCAUAUAUUUGAAAUUCAAAUUUCAAAUGAAUGAAAGUGUGAUAAAUGAGUACCAGUUUUAAUUAUAAGUAAGCAUAUUCAACAUUUACCAAACUACCGGUAAUUCAAAUCAUUUACAGACUAAAUGCUAUCUUUUGUUUGUAUUUAUUUCCCCUUUUUUCUGCCGUGUUUCUGUAGUUUAAUUAGAUAUAUUUUGCUCCAUUUUACUACAGCAUAAAGAUUAAGCCAAUUGUGUGUACAUGUAUAAUAUGAAUAAAGAUGCAUUUUAAUGAUUUUAUGAUAGAAA